AUGGAGGUGGUUUCGCCUUUGAUGCUGCAACUGUUGAAGCUCUGCAUCGUUGGCUUUGUUGUGGCAGCCCAAGAUACCAAAGGGUCCAUUAUAUCUCCAUCUCCGGCAUUUCUUCCUGUCAUUCCUCCUAGAACAGAAGCACUUGGUCCUAUCGAUCUUGUAGAGGGAAGCAAAGCACCAAAGCUACCAUCAGAUGGAGGUGGGCUUCUUAUAUCCCCAUCUCCUUCAAACUUGCACGUGUAUCAUUCCCCAAGUGAAACACCAGGUACUUCUUUACAUCCAAGAGAUUCAUGGGGAACCAUUGCCCCAAGCUCUCCAGCAGUACCAAAUGGGUCAUUCCUUCAGCCUCCAGAUACAUUACCACCUCGUACAUCAGCUCCAACCCCUCAGAAGAUUAAAGACAUCGAGUCUCCUAGUCCAAGCACUAUAGCAUUGUCACCACCAUAUGAGGUUGUUCCUUCACCAUCAGCAGUUCAAGUGAACACACCGCCACCUGUAAAAGCAAGUCCACCUCAAAGGAAAGCACCUGCUGCUAGGCCUCCUGUGUCCACACCAAGUGCAUCAGCUCCAAUCGCUAUACCUUUUGACAGAUCACCAAAAACUUCACCAGUCAGCCAACCAGCUGAACAUGGAAAUUUGGCACCUAAUGUUGAUAAUAGAAAUGCAAAUAAGAGUCACCCAGCAGAGCCAUUUUCACCAGCACCACUUGCAAAACCUUCUACCAAUUUGCCCAAAAAUUCAUCAGGUAGCCAACCGACUGAACAUGGAACUUUUCCUCCUAAAGAGGGUUCAAAUAAAGGUCACAGCGCAAAACCAAUUUCACCAGGCAUGUGA